AUGGCCAUCUUGAAAAAGAUCUCUGGCCCUCCUCCAGAUGCCAAACAAUCGACGACUAAGGUUAAGACGAAAGCCAAGCAGAGAUAUCUAAAACGAAAGAAGGAGCGCAAAAAGACAAAAGGCAAGGCUCCGGUUCGAAAGGGUGCAGACACAGAUGUGCAGGUCGAAUCGGAUGACGAAGAGGCCGUCGAGGAAGACGUCGAACCUAGUGACGAACCCGAUAACAGUCCAGCGGUAGCGGAGGACGAAACGCCUUCAAGUAAGGCUCGCAAAGCUAAGAAACGGCGGAAAACCGAGGCAGAGGCACCCGAUGAUGACGAACCUAUGCUAGUGGACGAUGUUGUGCCCGAAGCGCAGGUGCCUCCUCCACCAGAAGAGAAGACAACAUCGCCCGUCGCGCUACCUUCAUUCCCACUUCCUUCUCUUCCCAAUGCCCCCUCAAAACUCGCGCUUGCUCGCCAAGGACUCGAUCCAGCACUCUUAGACGCAGAGAUCGUUGACCCCAAUACUUCGUUGACCAUUCCUUCUGAUGGUGAAGUGGACGGGGGAACGUAUCUGAGCCAGAAGACUCGAAAACGGCUCAAGGAGUUGGGGAUCGAGGAACUAUUUGCUGUUCAAACCGCGUUACUACCAUUCCUAUUGGGGGACGCAUCUCAGAGACGCCUCUACUUACCGUACAAUCCUCCAAGGGAUGUAUGCGCCUCCGCGCCCACUGGAAGUGGCAAGACACUGGCUUAUGUCCUACCCAUCAUAGAGACUUUGUCAACACGCAUCGUCACCAGGCUGCGGGCCCUGAUCGUGCUUCCCACCCGUGAUUUGGUCUCCCAAGUUCGAGAAACCUUUGAAGCGGUUGGCAAAGGGAGCGGUCUCAAGAUCGCUACAGCAACAGGGCAACAUUCAUUCGCCCAUGAGCAAGCACAAUUAGUAACAGAUAAAACAUCGAAGCUUAAAGGGGGCUCUAGCCAGGUUGACAUCUUGAUAUGCACACCUGGUAGGCUCAUUGACCAUCUCAACGAGACUCCAAAUUUCACGCUACAGCAUCUACGGUUUCUGGUCGUUGAUGAAGCCGACCGUCUUCUUGCCCAGUCUUUUCAAGACUGGCUGGCUCAGGUACUAGCUGCGACGAGACCGCCUGUUCACCCUACUUCGGGCUACGAAUUAUCCCAAGAAGGGAACCUGGUAAAUCUUGGAAAGACUUCGCUAUGUUCCGAUGCCGUUGCCCCCGCGUUUCUCCAUACAUUUUCCAUACCGGACAUUCCUUGCUCUAUAACCGAGAGAAAGGAGCCCUCGUGCCAAAAACUCUUGUUUUCCGCGACGCUUACUCGGGAUCCAGGUAAACUAGCUGCCUUGGAUCUCAGACAACCAAAAUACUUUAUCGUCCAAGGAGGCAAAGCCUCGAAGGGGGAUGACGAUGGCAUCCUGGCCGUUGGUCUAGAAAAGUUCACGAUGCCUGAUAAGCUAUCUGAACAAUAUGUUGUUUGCAGCGGUUCACAGAAGCCCCUCGUGCUAUUCUACCUGAUUGUGACGCACAAUGUCAGGAACGCCCUCAUCUUCACAAAGUCGGCCGAGUCGACCACUAGGCUAGUUCGGCUUUUUACAUUCUUUGAACAAGCGAGGGCCCAAGAAGAUCCAAAUGCCCAACCAAUCGUCGCUCGCUCGUAUUCGAGCGACCUCUCGACUUCCGAACGAAGGAGUAUACUGGACAAAUUCCGAAGCCAGGAUAUCCAAAUCCUUGUGUGUUCUGACCUGAUCUCCCGCGGCAUUGAUAUUAGUCACGUAUCGCACGUUGUCAGCUAUGAUGCACCCGUGGAUAUGCGGAAGUAUGUGCAUCGCGUUGGACGAACGGCACGCGCCGGUCGCUCUGGUGAUGCGUGGACAUUAGUGGAAGAGCAAGAGGCGCGAUACUUCAAGUCCAUGAUGAAAGAUGCGGAGCAUCUGGAUAGCAUCAAACGUAUGAAGGUGGACAGCAAGAGCCUAGAGCUUUACACGAAACAUUACGAGUUGGCCUUAGAGCAGCUCAGAAGUGCUUACGAACGUUAG